AGUAGGGGGUGGUAGUCGGGGGUGGUGGGAGAAGGAGGAGGCGGCGAAUCACUUAUAAAUGGCGCCGAAGCAGGACCCGAAGCCUAAAUUCCAGGAGGGUGAGCGAGUGCUGUGCUUUCAUGGGCCUCUUCUUUAUGAAGCAAAGUGUGUAAAGGUUGCCAUAAAGGACAAACAAGUGAAAUACUUUAUACAUUACAGUGGUUGGAAUAAAAAUUGGGAUGAGUGGGUUCCAGAGAGCAGAGUACUCAAAUACGUGGACACCAAUUUGCAGAAACAGCGAGAACUUCAAAAAGCCAAUCAGGAGCAGUAUGCAGAGGGGAAGAUGAGAGGGGCUGCCCCAGGAAAGAAGACAUCUGGUCUGCAACAGAAAAAUGUUGAAGUGAAAACAAAAAAGAACAAACAGAAAACACCUGGAAAUGGAGAUGGUGGCAGUACCAGUGAGACCCCUCAGCCUCCUCGGAAGAAAAGGGCCCGGGUAGAUCCUACUGUUGAAAAUGAGGAAACAUUCAUGAACAGAGUUGAAGUUAAAGUAAAGAUUCCUGAAGAGCUAAAACCGUGGCUUGUUGAUGACUGGGACUUAAUUACCAGGCAAAAACAGCUCUUUUAUCUUCCUGCCAAGAAGAAUGUGGAUUCCAUUCUUGAGGAUUAUGCAAAUUACAAGAAAUCUCGUGGAAACACGGAUAAUAAGGAGUAUGCGGUUAAUGAAGUUGUGGCAGGGAUAAAAGAAUACUUCAACGUAAUGUUGGGCACCCAGCUACUCUACAAAUUUGAGAGACCACAGUAUGCCGAAAUUCUUGCAGAUCAUCCCGAUGCACCCAUGUCCCAGGUGUAUGGAGCACCACAUCUCCUCAGAUUAUUUGUACGAAUUGGAGCAAUGUUGGCCUAUACACCUCUGGAUGAGAAGAGCCUUGCUUUAUUACUCAAUUAUCUUCACGAUUUCCUAAAGUACCUGGCAAAGAAUUCUGCAACUUUGUUUAGUGCCAGCGAUUACGAAGUGGCUCCUCCUGAGUACCAUCGGAAAGCUGUGUGAGAGGCACUCUCACUCACUUAUGUUUGGAUCUCCGUAAACACAUUUUUGUUCUUAGUCUAUCUCUUGUACAAACGAUGUGCUUUGAAGAUGUUAGUGUAUAACAAUUGAUGUUUGUUUUCUGUUUGAUUUUUAAACAGAGAAAAUAAAAGGGGUAAUAGCUCCUUUUUUCUUUUCUUUUUUUGCUGCCAGUGUUUUCAAUGAUGGACAACAGAGGGAUAUGCUGUAGAGUGUUUUAUUGCCUAGUUGACAAAGCUGCUUUUGAAUGCUGGUGGUUCUAUUCCUUUGACACUACGCACUUUUAUAAUACGUGUUAAUGCUAUAUGACAAAAUGCUCUGAUUCCUAGUGCCAAAGGUUCAAUUCAGUGUAUAUAACUGAACACACUCAUCCAUUUGUGCUCCUUUUUUUUUUUUUUUUUUAAUGGUGCUUAAA